AUGAUUUAUGAGAACCCCAAUUACUCAGGAUGACAGUAUUUUUUUAAAAGGGGACACUAUCCUGACUUUCAGAUGUGGUUCAGUCCCUGUGACUCCAUCAGCUCUUGCCAUGUAAGUCUUCAGAAUUCUGUUUCCCACAAAAUUCAGCUCUAUGAACAAAAGGAGCUCUGAGGCCAAAUACUGGAGCUGAUUGAUGAUUGCUCAUCAGUCCUAGACCACAUCCAUCUCCCCAAGAUCUGUUGCCUCAAUAUUUCAGGUGGCUCUGUGAAAUGCACAACUUCAGGAUUAGGAAGUAUUUACUGA